CAUGGCAUCGCCGACCCGCAGACGCUUCUGAGUGAAGCAUUGUGGGUAAUGCAUACACAUACUGUUAUAGUCGGAGAUGUUUCGAAAAGAGAAUACCUGUCCCAUAUUUAAGUGAUUAAAUGACAUCGGGAUGAAGAGUGUUUUUGUCCUUGCUGAAAAAGCCUGGGCAGGCUCUAACCUGCUGUACAAGUGGCAGAAAAGCCUUGGUAAUUAUAUUGCUGUUGCAGGCCAGGACAACACAGUGAAAAUAUUUGAUCGACAUGGACAUAAGUGGACUGAACUCAAUCUUCCAGGGCGCUGUGUGGGGAUGGACUGGGAUAAGGAUGGGGACAUUCUGGCAGUGAUAGCUGCAAAAUCCAGUUCCAUCUUCCUCUGGGAUGCCAGUGUCAGUAAAACAUCCCAGAUAGACAGCGGUAUGAGAGAUCAGAUGUCUUUCAUCUUGUGGUCAAAGACUAGCCCACUGUUGGCAGUCGGGACAGUCAAAGGAAAUCUGUUGAUCUACAAUCAGCAGACCUCACGCAAGAUCCCUGUCCUGGGCAAACAUAGCAAGAAGAUCACCUGUGGCUGCUGGAGUACUCAGAAUCUCCUGGCACUGGGGAGUGAUGACAACACACUGAGUAUCAGCAGUCAUGAGGGGGACACCAUCAGACAGACAACGCUUCGUGGAGAGCCUACUGAAAUUUACUUUUCGGUGAUGAAAACGGAUGAAAGGUCGGCUCAAGGGGAGAGCACUGUGAGUGUUUCUGUGGACAAGAAGAUACUGAUGCUUUUCAACGUCAACGACCCUGGAAACCCGAUAGAGUUGGCCUUCGAGCGCCGUUAUGGAAACAUCGUCUCGUACCGCUGGUAUGGUGAUGGGUAUAUACUCAUUGGUUUCUCCCAUGGAUACUUUGUGGUUAUCUCCACACACAUCAGGGAAAUAGGAUAUGAGCUCUAUCAGGCUCAUAACCAUAAAGACUGUCUCAACAGUGUGGCCAUCUCCCCAGCACUAAACAAGGCUGCGUCUUGUGGGGAUAACAGCAUAAAAAUCCACGAGCUGUCAGAGCUCAAAGAUAUCAGCAAUAUAAUUCAGCUGGAUGAUGAGAAUAAAGGUUUGGAUCAGCUGAGCUGGACAGAUGAUGGCCAGCUGUUGGCACUUUCCACACAAAGAGGGACGCUCCAUGUCUUCCUGACAAAGCUGCCAAUCCUCGGUGACAGCUAUGGUACCCGGUUGGCCUAUCUCACCUCCCUCCUGGAGGUCACUGUCUCCAACCAGGUGGAGGAGGAGAGCCCAGUGAUAAUAGAAGUGGAAGUAGAACCCACAUUCAUUGCGGUGGGACCAUACCAUGUGGCUGUGGGGAUGAACAACAGAGCCUGGUUUUACGCCCUGGUAGACCAGGAACCAGGUUUUAAUAAGCUGAAAGACAAGGAGUAUUUGGGGACAAUAGCCAGCAUGUGUCUUAACUCUGACUACGCUGCAGCGCUAUUUGAAGGAAAAGUGCAGCUCCACAUGAUCGAAGGCAAAGAUCAGGAUGAAAAGAAGCAGAUGAAGCUUUUUCCAGAUGAUGACAGAAUUGGUCGGAUCCUUUGCCACGCCCUCACUGCUGACUUACUCUACUAUGGCACUGAUUCAGGAAAUGUGAUGACUGUUCUGGUGGAGGACUGGCAGACAGUGAACAGCUACAACCAUUCAGUUGGUGUGAGGAAAGUGUUCCCUGACAUAAAUGGCACUCGGCUGGUGUUCAUCGAUGACAAGAACAGCGGGUUCCUGCUCUCCCCUGCAAACGCAACAGAGUCCUGCUUUGAGCUCCCUGACUUCUCACCCACCAUCACAGGAGUGCUGUGGGACAACUGGCAUGCAGACAGAGGAGUGUUUGUAGCUUAUGACGAUGACAAAGUCUACACCUAUGCCUUCCAUAAAACCACCAUCUAUGGCCCACAGGUGGUGUUAGUGGGGAGCACUGCGCUCCCCUUUUCCCAGAAGCCUUUGCUCUUUUACAAUGGUGAGCUGACUUGUCAAACGGCGAGCGGUAAGCUCAGUGAAGUGGCUUUGGACACACACUUGUUCCUGAAGCACACAAGCAGCACAGCGACAGAUUCAUCAAAAGAACUCAGCAAGCAGCUCGCUCAGGCUCUCAUGCUCAAAAGGUUCCACGAAGCCUGGGCUCUGUGCAAGUCUGCAGGCACUGAUGCAGACUGGGCAGAGUUAGGCAAAGCCUGUCUGGUCCACAUGGAGGUUGAGCUGGCUAUACAGGUGUACCGCAUGAGUGGCAGUGUGGGCAUGGUCCUGUCACUGCAGAGCAUCCAGGGUAUAGAGGAGAUGAAUUCACUGGCAGGUCAUUUGGCCAUGUUUCUGGGAGACUACAACCGGGCCCAAGACCUUUAUCUGUCCUCAAGCUGCCCAAUCACUGCUCUGGAGAUGAGAAGAGACCUGUUGCACUGGGACAGUGCUCUCAUGUUAGCCAAGAGGCUAGCAGAAGAUCAGAUUCCCUUUAUAUCCAAAGAAUAUGCUGUUCAUCUAGAAUUUGUUGGAGAUUAUGUUAAUGCUUUGGCACACUAUGAAAAAGGCAUGGCCCACAACAGUAAAUUCCAGGAACACGACGAGGCGUGCCAGGCAGGUGUGGCCAGGAUGUCCAUCAGGAUGGGUGACAUCAGGAGAGGAGCCGCUCAGGCUAUUCAGCACCCGAGCAGAGUCCUCAAGAAAGAAUGUGGAGCCAUACUGGAGAGCAUGAAGCAAUACUCUGAAGCUGCUCAGCUCUAUGAAAAAGGACAGUAUUAUGAUAAAGCAGCCUCGGUCUACAUUCGCUGCAAAAACUGGGCGAAGGUGGGAGAGUUGCUCCCAAACGUCUCCUCUCCCAAGAUUCACCUGCAGUAUGCAAAGGCCAAGGAGGCGGAUGGCAAAUACAAGGAUGCAGCACGAGCCUACGAGAGCGCAAAGGACUGGGACAACGUGAUCCGUGUGCUGCUGGACCACCUGAACAAUCCCGAAGAAGCUGUUCGCAUCGUCAGAGAGACGCAGAGCAUCGAUGGAGCAAAGAUGGUUGCCAGGUUCUUCCUGCAGUUGAACGACUAUGGCUCAGCCAUCCACUUCCUGGUUCUAUCCCAUUGCAAUGAUGAAGCCUUCCAGCUGGCACAGCAGCACGGACAGAUGGAGGUCUACGCAGAUAUCAUCGGCUCUGAGGCGACACAGGAGGACUACCAGAGCAUUGCUCUGUACUUUGAGGGAGAGAAGAAACACCUGCAGGCUGGCAAGUUCUUUCAGAAGUGUGGACAGUACAGCAGAGCACUGAAGCACUUCCUGUUGUGCCCUAACACUGAAGACAGUCUGGCAAUCGAGAUGGCGAUUGAGACGGUGGGCCAAGCCAAGGACAGCUCUUUGACCAAUCAGCUGAUAGAUUACCUGAUGGGGGAAAGUGACAGCAUGCCCAAAGAUGCAAAGUACCUGUUCCGUCUGUAUAUGGCGUUGCAGCAGUACAGGGAGGCAGCUCGCACCGCCAUCAUCAUCGCCAGAGAAGAGCAGUGUGCAGGAAACUACCGUAAUGCCCAUGACGUGCUGUUCAGCAUGUACACAGAGCUGCAGGCUCAGAAGAUUAAGAUCCCUGUUGAGAUGGCCACCAAUCUGAUGAUCCUCCACUCCUACCUACUGGUCAAGAUCCACGUAAGGAGAGGAGACCAUUUAAAAGGGGCGCGGAUGCUCAUUCGUGUCAGCAACAACAUCAGCAAGUUUCCUGCACAUGUUGUUCCCAUUCUGACGUCAGCAGUAAUCGAAUGUCACCGAGCCGGACUGAAGAACUCGGCCUUCAGCUUUGCUGCGAUGUUGAUGAGACCGGAGUAUCGAAAUGACAUUGACCCAAAGUACAGGAAGAAGAUUGAGGCAAUGGUUCGACGUCCGGAUACAUCAGAGCUGGAGGAGGAAACUACUCCGUGCCCCUUCUGUGGCUUCCAGCUGCCGCAGAAUGAACUGCUGUGUAUUUCCUGCAAGAACAACCUCCCCUACUGCAUUGCCACGGGUUAUCACAUGCUGAAAGAAGACUGGUCCAUCUGUCCUCAUUGUGAAUUUCCUGCUCUGUACUCACAGUUUAUUCUGCUGCUGGAGACGGAGACAGCGUGUCCCAUGUGCUCUGAGAGUCUGAGUGGCGGUCAGGUGAAAAAGAUCUCUGAUUGUUCGCAAUAUCUGCAGACCGACGAACCCGAUCAAUGAAAACAGAUCAAAGUACGCUUGACAUCAUCCAGAGGACCAAAUUUACAUGUUUAUAUAUAAUAGUGUAUUUAAUUAUUAGCCUGCUUAUUUUCUUUUUAUACUUUUUUUUUCUGGAGUACCUUUGGAUUCCUUGACAGGAAGUUCUGCAUGCAUUAUAGCUGAACCAUAAUCUGUCAGACUUAAGCCUGCACAGCUACAGUCAAUUAUACUGGCAGCUAGGUCGUCCCAUGUCACAGCUUCAGUCUGUCUCAGUUAGCUAGGAUCUCUGACCUUCCUGUGUGCUGUGGUCUCUCUUAGCUGCAGUAUAUCUUAACGUUGGACCACUGCAAAGGAAUACAGAAAAAAAGUCCCCACUGCUGCUGUCCAGACAGUAGGCAUCAUUCGGGGGGUCAGUAAAUGUUCUGUUUUCAUAUUUCUAACAAAAUGUUGGCAAUAAUGUGUAUUUUGAAUAAAAG